AUGGAUAGUGAUAAACUGGAUAUGCAUUCUGCAAUUCGUAAACAUCGUUUAGUGGUGCGUAGAGCAAUUUUCGAUCAUCAAACUGGACUCAAAAGCUCAUUUUUUGAAGAUAAAAUAAUUAACAAAGCACCGAUAGUAACGACUGGACCUUAUGCUGGAUACACUGCAUUGCAUAUAGUUUGUAUGGAUGGAGAUAGAGAAUAUGUAAGAUUAUUAGUUGAAGAGUACAAUGCAAAUGUAAAUGCUGUUGCUGACGAUGGAUCUCAACCUAUUCACUUAGCGUGUUUAUUCGAAUGUGAGACGCCUUUGGAACUUGUAGAUAUUUUGUUAAAAGCUGGUGCCAACGUUGAUGCUGAAAUAGGACAACAACUUUUUGAAAAAUACAUGAAAAGGAAAGAGUGGUGCAACGAUUUUGGGAAUAAGAUGACUUUGUUAACUUAUUCAAUCCUAUAUGGUAAUAAUGCUUCGUUUAUUUCAUCAUUAAUCGGAGGCAAAGCAAAUUUGAAAGUUAGGAGCCUAAAAAAUAAAACACUGUUAAUGUAUGCGAUUGAACGUCGGGAGAGCAGAAUCGCAUUUUUACUUAUAAAAGUAGUACAAGAUCAUGAAUGGAUAAACGCCCGUGACAGUGAUGGUUAUCUUGUUACCCACUAUAUAUUAAAUCCAAAAAAUUUAGAAAAUAAUCAAUUCUUCGAUAUUGGCCACGAAUUUAGGAAUGAUCUGUGUACCUCUCUUUUGAUUAGGACUUUACUUGAUGCCGCGGCUCGCAUUCAUUUUCCAUGUACACUGGCUUAUUUGUUGCCUUAUCAUGAAAAUACUUCAAAAUUAAGGGCUUUAUAUUACGUAUUACGUCCACUUAAAACUCCACAUUCGCAGUCCAUUAUUGAUAGAAAAAUGACAAGUAUCAAGUUAAUUCUCAAAGACCAUAUUGAUAGACGCACGUUUGGUUUAUUCGUUCCUGAAGAUGAAAAAAUAUUGAUGGACAAGUUAAUUGCUGAAGACAUAAAUUUGAGGAAGCUAGUACAUGCCUACGAAAAAAAUAUUAUUCAAGGGGAGUUAAAAACAAAAGUGCUUAAGUGUGAUGAUAAAAGUAUCACAUAUUAUGACUUCAUAAUGUCAUGUUUUGAUUAUAAACAAUUACGUUUAAUAGUGAAAAAUAAAUCCCUAAUGGACGCGUUCGAAAAUACCUUCCCAAACCCUACAUUUUCUUUUUAUCUGAUGGAAUUUUGGAAUAACCCUCAUCAUGAUACUCAUUCUAUGGAAUCUUUUAAUGCUGAUUAUUUUUUCUUCCGGAAACAAAUUUCUAUUAGAAUAGAAAAAACUUUAAGAACACUUGAGCAGUUAGAAGCAUUAGAAAAACUAGAAAAUCUCGCCAUAUGA